AUGGGUCAGAAUCCGAGUAACGAAUCGAAACGAGACAGUUCCGUUGACAAUAAAACGUCAACCGAACUGAAUAAAAAGGAUUUCAGCGAGAUUGAUCUAAUUUCGUUAAAGACAUCUUUCAGUGAACUUAGUUUUGUCGAUGAAGACGGGAACAUAGUUGUUGAUGAGAAAUUGUUUUUGAGGUAUUUGAAGAUUCCAGAAGAAAUAGGUGCUGGAUCGCUCAUAUAUCGUUCCUUCUGUUAUCUCUCUAAAUAUCCAUCUGUGGGUUACUCGCAUGACGCUCUUUCUUACGAUGGUUUUAUUCAGGCCAUCGCCAUAUAUUGUGGUAAAAUCGAGGACAUGACUCAAGAGAACCGCAUAAAAUUACUAUUUGACUCUUUUUCAACGUGUGCUAAUGAUGACGACAAAAAGGUGCCCUUUGGAGAUUUCGUGGGACGAAGGCCUGAGCACGAUCCGAAUGUGACUAGAGUCGAUUGUCGUAGCAUGUUAAAUUUAUUAACAGCCAUCGCGUGGAUUAUGACAACUGAAAUGACUCCGGUGGGCAAAGAAUAUAAAGAAAUACAAGUAAAACAUGCGACCUUAAUAUCCUCGAGAAACAUAAAUCAAAUACGUGAAGAAAUCACUCCUGUGGUAGAACAAAUGGCAAGAUACGAUACGGACGUGCGCAACCUUUCAUCCUCGAUCACGUGGACAACAUUUCAAAAAUUUUUCCAACGCAAUACGCCAAAUAUUUUUUGUGCGCUUUCUUCAUAUAUGGAAGGUCAAUUUCUUAUAGGACAAAUAAUGUCACAAAAACGUCAGGAGUCCAUGUUCUUUGGUCCACCGGUUCAGUAUUGGCCGUUGUUAGAUUAUGAGUCGGAUAUACUGAGUCCCAUAAAGAUGGCGAUACUGUCAUGGAUGUUGCCAAACGAAAUCAUAAAACUCCGCGAGUGGAAACGAUUGUAUAGCGGAUAUAUGAACGGUUUUAAUAUGAAUAGCUUCUCAAGUUCUGUGCAUAAGUAUCAAGGGCCAAUUUUAAUGUUUAUCUAUGCGGAAACGUUGAUGGAUAACAAAUCAUCACUGCAAAUUCCAUUAUCAGAUAGCUAUUCACCGCAAAGUUCAUUAGCAGGUAUAUAUGGUAGCUUAGGUCGAAGUUUUACUAGUAAUAGUUACGGAAGAAGUUAUAGUAGUCAUUCAAAAUCAAGUUCAUGCGAAUUACCAGAAGAACUUUUACUAGGGGCCUAUGUAGCGGAUCCGUGGAUUUCGCCAAAUUCACCGAAAUCUACAUUUGGCUCUGAUGAAUGUGCGUUAUUUGAGUUGUCUCCAUCAUUCGAAUUAUUUCCUGCAUCGAAAAAGGGUAGAAAUUUCGUUUACUAUAACACAUCAGUUGGAAUUGGCUUUGGUGGUCCCGGAAUGGGUUCAAACAAAAAUGAGUCAUCGGACACCAAUUCGUUCGUCUUGCAACUCGACAGCACCCUUCAGUAUGGUCGAUACCGGUUCGACCCAUUGCGAGAACGAAAACCAGCGUACGAUCCACCAGAGACAAGAACAUUUUUUGAUAUCCCUUUUAAAGUAGCUGAGAUCGAAGUAUUCGGCGUUGGUGGAGAGAAAAUAUUUAAACGAGGGGUUGAGCUUCAACAGAAAGGAAUCAAGUUCACGAAUAAUAGUUUCGGAAGGCAUAGCAUCGGUCGAUACAGUGUAAGCAGUGUGGAUGAUUCUUUUAAGAUGUCUGGAAUACUUGAUUACGCAUCUAUUAAAGAAGCUGGAAAAUAA